GUUUCUGUCACGUGACCAGACAGCGUCCAGUUGGGUAAUCAUGGCGGCUGUGUCUGGAUGUGAGCAGCAGAUGUAACGUUUUUCACCGUAUAAAAUGUUGUUUGAUUCUCUGCCCGGGCCAUGAACCGGACGCCGGUGAGCAGAGGGACCGCAGCCCCGCAUGGAGGCGUGAGGAAGAGGAGGACAGACGCCAUGGAUCAGGAUGGCUCUGCUGGAUGCUCGGACGCUCUGAUUCCUGCUGACUGCUUUUGUCAACCAAGGCUCUAAAUGGUAUUUUUGAUGUAGUUUAUCAUUUGCUGUGUUUUUUCAUGCAGAUCCUUGGCUAGAUUAGGUCACCUUGUUCCAUGUCCUGUUGCAGUGUGAUCAUGGCCAGUCUGAAUGGACCCUCAGCUCUACUAUGACUGUUAGUGCUUCUGCUGCUUCCCAUGUCUCUCUCAGUAACAACACUAUGAUAGGCUCUCCAGAUGUGGUAGCUUUCACUAAAGAGGAUGAAUAUGGGCAGACCGUCCCAGAGACUUUGGAUCUCCCAGAGGAGUUCUCCAUACCCCUCCACCCUGUGGCUGACUCCAACCCCUGGGCCAAAACCUCCUACGCCAAGUUCACCAAAGACUUCAUCCUCAUCUCAGAGUUCUCGGAGCAGGUGGGCCCCCAGCCUCUCCUCACCAUCCCAGAUGAUCCGAAAGUCUGCGGCACCUUCGAUCUCAACUACUUCUCCCUGCGGAUCAUGUCGGUGGACUACCAGGCCUCCUUCGUGGGGCAUCCGCCUGGCAGCGGAUAUCCCAGACUCAGCUUUGUGGAGGACUCCAGGGUUGUCCUUGGGGACUCAAAGGAGGGGGCUUUUGCCUACGUCCAUCACUUCACGCUGUACGACCUGGAGGCCAGGGGCUUUGUGCGGCCCUUCUGCAUGGCGUAUGUAGCGGCAGAUGAGAAGAAAAUAAUGCUCCAGUUUCAGGAGCUGUCUCUGCGUUUUUCACAGGCCUCUGAGUGUCUGAAGGCUGGGAACAGAAGAGCCUUCGCCAAGGAACUCCAGAGGAAGCUCCAGGACCUGGAGUACACACACUCUGUGCUGCAGCGGGAGGAGGGCCUGCAGAGAGAGGCGGGGCCACAGUGCGUUUACUCCGCCCACACUGUGGAGAAGGCCAAUGAGCUCGCCAACGUAGAGAAGAGCAUUUACGAACACAGGGACCUGCUGAAGCAGAUCAGCGCCUACCAUCGCCGCCCACGCCGGGAUCCGCAUGCCGUCUCGUGCCAGAAGUGUAUGAGCGAGUGUUUGAGGGAGUGUGAGGAGCUGUUGGACAAAUAUGCCAAGCUAGCUAAUCCCCUCGGUUACAGGGGAAGCGGGCGAGGUCCGUCUGUUGAUGGCCGAGGGGAAGAAGGGGCGGAUGAAUUGGACGAUGAGGUGAUUAAACGCAGGCCAUCGUACACGCCGCAGCUCAUUAAAGCAAAGUCUGCCAAGUGUUUUGACAAACGCCUCAAGACCUUGCAAGAACUGUGUGAGGAGACCUUCUAUGAGGCCACUGUGGAGCUUCUGAAAGAGACAGAGAGGAGUUUCCGCGGCGACCUGUGUUACCUCUACACCCGUCGCCUGGACAAGACAGUGCGCAGGAAGCUGAACAUCGUCAACUUCCUGUUUGAGGAAGACCUCAACGAUAAUAUUGAGGAUGAAGCCGAGACACUAAGACCGUUCUGUGCUGUGAAUCAUGCCAUAGACAACUACAUGCACUUAAACCCACCCCAUAUUACCCUGGGCUCAGAGGAUCUUGAACUUGAUGGUUUGAACCCUCAAGGUCCACAAGACACGGCGUGUGAAACCACCACUACCCAGGAGCUUGGACUUCUGGGAAGCCAUCUGGAGUCCUCUCCAUCGGACCAGACCUUUGAGACACAGGAGAGCUCAGAAGGGACCAAAAGCUUCAGUAGCGACAAGAGUGGAACAGAUCACGCAGAGAAACAGGAGAGCCUGGCGAGUGUUAAUACAGAAGGUCCUGAUCCGGACUCUGAUCUGACACCAGAACCCGACCAAAACACUUACCCUGAGAGGGAGAGUAGUAGUGAGGACAUGGAGACCACUGCUGGGGAGGAUGACUGUGAUUCUGGUCAGGACCAGACCCCCGUAUCUUUGCUGGAGGUCGUGUCUGAGCUAGAGGCAAGAGACGGAGAUGAGCGCGAGGCGGGAACUCGCUCAGACCUGCUGGUUCCCAUGGACUCGGCCUGCUGUAUGGCUCAGGACGGUUUCCUUUACCAGGCAACUGACUCUGAUGCUGUGCUUUGCCUGAGUCCAAACUCCAACCCGAAUCCCACUCAGUUUCUGGUGGUGAACCAGGAGCCCCAUGCCCUCCAGCCGAUCCAGGAUGAGUACACAGUGGGGUCCUCCGGCUCACAGGGUCCAGCAGCAGGGCUGGAGCUUCCUGUUGGUCCCCUCGGCGAUGCUGUUUCACGCACCUCCUUGGAUGAUGGUUCAGACUGUACAAUGAGUGCUUCCACCGGCUCUGACCGAGCCGCCUCGCCGCUCGGCUACGGAGCGUCGGUGACCCUCCGCCAGAGGAAAAAAGCUGGUCAAGGGGCUUUAAGGUUUGUGCGGCAGUACUCAUUUGCCACGCAAGCAUUGUGGUGUCUGCUGAGCGGCAGGACGCUUGUGGUGCUCGGGGCGGACGAGGGGAGGGUCCGCCGCCUCGUGUCUGCUCUAGCUCUCUUCGUACCCAACCCUGGGAAGACCGGAGAGAGGGUUCAACCCUGGCUGUCCUGCCCCUUCACCCUCACCGACCUUCACAGGUGGAAACUUAUCGGGCUGCAAAGGGUUGCAUCUCCAGCCGGCUCCAGCACCUUCUACUCCCUGUCCCGAUACAGCCGCUACAUCUCCAUCCUGGACGCCGACAUGAAGACCCUGCGCUGCCCUCAGUACCGCGGCCAGCUCCUCGCCACCAUGGCCGACCACCGCACCUACAUCCGCCACGGCUCCACCUUCUUCCUCCACCUGCAGAGCACGCUCUGUCGCCUGGCAGCCCAGGCUUUCCUGCUCACCUUCACCCACCACCUCCACCUGCCCGUCAGCCCCACGGAGGGACCCGAGGCCGUGGAGUUCAGACGGCGGUGCUUCCUGCAGGAGCAGCUGGGGCUGGACGAGGAGGACAGCCACGUCCUGCUCUACCUCAGCCGGCUCAUCACUCAGCGCUACCUGCAGCCCGCUAACAGCAGCUGUUGUGCAGCUGUACCUUAUUUCAGUUUCAACUACAUCACCAGCAUUUUAUACAAAAUCUGAUGCUUGGGGUUCAUUGGGACCAUAAGAUAUUCUCCGUCUGCCUCACUGUGCUUCUCUCUAAUCUCACACCUUCCUCUCUUUGCAGGGAAAAACAAAAAAAACAAAAACAGCCAAUAAGUGCUGACUGUCUCCGCGGUGUCCUCUUCUGGACACCUUCAUAUCCAAGCACCACCACCAUGUAAAUGAGGCAGAAACGAAACACUCGCCUGCUGUAGCAUACCGGGCGUCUGGUCCGGGGUUCAGCUUUUAUAUCCUUGCAAAAAACCUGUUUUUCAGCACCGCAAGGUUUUCUGUUCUCUGUUUUGGGACAUAAGCACGUCGCAGCUUUUCAAAGCAGCGGUUCUCUUUGGAAACUAAUUCCAUCUGUCAGUUUUUUUUUUUUCUCAUCUUGUUGACAAUUUUAGCUUUUGCGACCCAUGUCCGUGUAUUAAAAGGACAAGUGUCCUUUCUGUUCCAGACAGUAACAUAAUUUGGGGAUUGUUAGUAAGGACAUUUAACUUGUUUAAACCAUUUUUUAAAAAUUAUGUUUAGCCUCAGUUUGGAUGAGAACCGGAUCCUGAGAAGAAUGAUGUUGUCUAUUAAACAGUUGGAACCAGAGAUGCAUUUUUUUUUUUUUUUUUUGGUAUAUUUAACAGUCAGGAAGAGUUUUAAAUCUAUUUAAUCUAAAAAUGUUUAAUGAAUUUCACUGUUGUCUUAAAGUUGUGUGAGAGUGACAUGUUUGUCUGCAUGAGAGUCUUGUGUCAGGGUGAUCACCGUGUUGAUAACGCUUCAGGUUUGUUACAAUAAGAUUUUAAGAAUACACUUUUAUUUCUCGUGCCAACAGAAGCCUAAGUUUCACUUCGGAUGCCUGCCUAACCUUUAUUUAUUAAACACAGAUGCACAGAUUGAGCUUUUAAUGCUUGCUACUUAUUUUUCCUUUUCCCUGAGCUCGGUAACGCUGUUUUUUUUUCUUGUUUUUUUUUUUUUUUUAUAUUUUCUUGUCUGACAGAUAUAACUCUUUAAAGAAAACAAGGAAAUAACUAAAUCUCUUCCCAUAAAUUCAAUUAGAAUAUCUUAAUUAUAUUUUUUAUGUUUUAUAUAUGUCAAAGGGUAAAACUGAUGCAUUUCAAGCUUUUGUUUGUUAAUUUUGAUGAUUUUUGGCUUUAAGCUUACAGAAAAUUGAACUCUAAAAAAUAAGCAAAACAAAUAUUUUUUUAAUACAAAUACCCGCCCUGCUGUACACAAUUGUCGUGUACUGUACACCUUAUAGACUCAAUACCUGUUUGCAGCUUAUUUUGCAUAAAUAUGUGCAUUAAUGCAGCGUUGACCGACGGCUGCACCUACUGUGGAUUUGAUAAGAAUCUGGACCAUAGAAGCAAAUUGCCUUCCAACAUCAUUAGUCUAUGGAGCUUGUGUUCUGAUUUCUUUUGGAAUUUGAUUUAAAGAAAAAAAUCAAACAUCAUUCAUGGAAACUAACUUCACGAUCCCAUUAAAGGUAUAGUGGAGGAUGUUCUUUUCCUGGGUAGAUCAUCAAAAUAAGGGAUCCUCCUAAUUGUCAAUCAUUCUGGUGAUAUGUGUACGUAAAGCCAUCCUAUGUGCUCGUCCCCAUUUUCAUUUACUGCCAUGAGUCUGACACGGUGGAAAAUUGCAAAUCUUCUUUUGGAAAGUAAGCUUGUAUGAGCGAUGCAAACAGCAACUUUUAAAUAGAGCGUGCACAAGGAGAAAUGGGCUUGUCCACGCUCUCGCAUGCAUUUAAUAGGCACUCCCUCUCGGGAUAGAGUACAGGGUUGUGCAUGUGCAUUUUUUUUUAUUGGAAAGAUAUGGUGUUUUCAUAAAUUCAUAAGAAUCCUCCUCUAUACCUUUAAGCUAAAGGUUUGCUCUGUUGCUUUUGUGCAUAUUUUAAACCAGAGUUUUAUCUUCCACUCUACUUUCCAUUAUUAUUCAAAGGGAGAGCACUCUGACAGUUUUUUUUCAUGGUCAAUAGCUGUCAGUCAAUCCUCUCACAAGCUUUAAAAUUAACAUAAAAAAUCUGAAAUGUUUUGCUCUCUAUGGGAAAGAUUAAAUAAAUUAACUACAUUCCUGUUUAUUGAUUUACUUCUGCAUGAUGCCUAUUUUUUUAAGUUACACUUUAAACAUUCACUGAAGUUUUCAGUAUUUCUUCAACAGAUUUAUUCUUUCUUUUAAUAUAUUAUAUCUGCUGAUCACUAUUCGGAGUGAAAAAGGGGAACAUCUCUGUUCGACCGUAGCAGCAAACCUGCUCUCCUUUCAGAGCUCCUGAUUUAAGCCUGUGCUCAUUUUGUCCAGUCUGUGAUUGUGUAGAUGGUAUCGUCAUGGCUGCAUGGUCAGAGUUUGAUCUCAAAGGUCAGACGCCAAGCGAGCCUUUUAACUCUGUGGAUGAUGUUUUGCCGCAUGUGAUGAAGUUUUGCACCUGAUUUAAUUUGCUUAUAGUUGAUGUAAAAAGGAAACCCUGAAUGUAAUCUGAAAAGCCAUGCCGCUGUGUGCUCAACUCACCCAGUGUCCUUAUGUUGCCAUUUAUAUAUGUCUGCUUUUUGUAUCUCAUCUACAGCAGGCGGCUGAGCUCAUUCGGCCCUGCAGGAAUUAGAAUAAAGCACGUUUUGAAUGUCC